GCGAGGGAAGCUGGCGCAUGCGCCCGGGGCUGAUGGGUUUGAAAUGGCUUCGGUGUUAGCCGGGAACCGACGCAGGUGAAGGUUUGGUACGCGCAGUUGCAGCUGUGGGCGGCCUGGCCGGGGUCUCGCUUCCCGUCGGAUCCACGGAAGGGCUGGGAAGCGACCGUCUCGGCGGCACGGUUUCUGCAGGCCCGCGACGGUCGCUGCUGUAGAAGACCAGCCGAGGGUUUUUUCUCCCUUGCAUCAUGGCUCAGUUUGGAGGACAGAAGAAUCCGCCCUGGGCUACUCAGUUUACAGCCACUGCGGUAUCUCAGCCAGCGGCUUUGGGUGUGCAGCAGCCAUCUCUUCUUGGAGCAUCUCCUACUAUUUAUACACAGCAAACCGCACUGGCAGCAGCAGGCCUUACCACCCAGACUCCAGCCAACUACCAGUUAACGCAGACAGCAGCAUUGCAGCAACAGGCCGCCGCCGCAGCAGCUGCACUGCAGCAGCAAUAUUCACAACCUCAACAGGCCUUGUAUAGUGUGCAACAACAGUUACAACAACCCCAGCAGACUCUUCUAACACAGCCAGCUGUUGCUUUACCUACAAGCCUUAGCCUGUCUUCUCCCCAGCCUGCAGCCCAGAUAACUGUGUCCUAUCCAACACCAAGGUCCAGUCAGCAACAGACCCAGCCACAGAAGCAGCGUGUUUUCACAGGAGUGGUUACAAAGCUGCAUGACACAUUUGGAUUUGUGGAUGAAGAUGUAUUCUUUCAGCUUAGUGCUGUUAAAGGGAAAACCCCACAAGUGGGUGAUAGAGUAUUAGUUGAAGCUACUUACAAUCCUAAUAUGCCGUUUAAAUGGAAUGCACAAAGAAUUCAAACAUUACCCAAUCAGAAUCAAUCUCAAACCCAACCUUUACUGAAGACUCCUCCUGCUGUGCUCCAACCAAUCGCCCCACCAACAACAUUUGGUGUUCAGGCCCAGCCCCAGCCCCAGUCACUGCUGCAGGCACAGAUUUCGGCUGCUUCCAUUACACCACUGUUGCAGACUCAGCCGCAGCCUUUAUUACAGCAACCACAACAAAAAGCUGGGUUACUGCAGCCUCCCGUCCGUAUAGUUUCACAGCCACAACCUGCACGAAGGUUAGAUCCACCUUCCAGAUUUUCAGGAAGGAAUGACAGAGGGGAUCAGGUGCCCAGCAGGAAAGAUGAUCGCAGUCGUGAAAGGGAGAGAGAGAGACGGAGAUCCAGAGAAAGAUCCCCUCAGAGGAAACGCUCCCGGGAGCGGUCUCCUCGGAGAGAGAGAGAGCGCUCGCCCCGCAGAGUCCGACGUGUUGUCCCGCGUUACACAGUUCAGUUUUCGAAAUUUUCUCUAGAUUGUCCCAGUUGUGACAUGAUGGAAUUAAGGCGCCGUUAUCAGAAUUUAUAUAUACCUAGUGACUUUUUUGAUGCUCAGUUUACAUGGGUGGAUGCGUUUCCUUUGUCAAGACCAUUUCAGCUGGGAAAUUACUGCAAUUUUUAUGUAAUGCACAGAGAAGUAGAAUCCUUAGAGAAAAAUAUGGCUAUUCUUGAUCCACCUGAUGCUGAUCACUUAUACAGUGCAAAGGUUAUGCUGAUGGCUAGCCCUAGCAUGGAAGAUUUGUAUCAUAAGUCAUGUGCUCUUGCUGAAGAUCCCCAAGAACUUCGGGAUGGAUUUCAGCAUCCUGCUAGGCUUGUUAAGUUUUUAGUGGGCAUGAAAGGCAAGGAUGAAGCCAUGGCUAUUGGAGGCCACUGGUCUCCCUCAUUGGAUGGACCAGACCCGGAAAAAGACCCCUCUGUGUUGAUUAAGACUGCUAUUCGUUGUUGUAAGGCUCUCACAGGCAUUGAUCUAAGUGUGUGCACACAGUGGUACCGUUUUGCAGAGAUUCGCUACCAUCGCCCUGAGGAGACCCACAAGGGGCGUACAGUUCCAGCUCAUGUGGAGACAGUGGUUUUAUUUUUCCCGGAUGUUUGGCAUUGCCUUCCCACCCGCUCAGAGUGGGAAACCCUCUCCCGAGGAUACAAGCAGCAGCUGGUCGAGAAGCUUCAGGGUGAACGCAAGGAGGCUGAUGGAGAACAGGAUGAAGAGGAGAAAGAUGAUGGUGAGGCUAAAGAAAUUUCCACUCCAACCCACUGGUCUAAACUUGAUCCAAAGACAAUGAAGGUAAAUGAUCUCCGAAAAGAACUAGAAAGUCGAACUCUUAGUUCCAAAGGAUUAAAAUCCCAAUUAAUAGCCCGGUUAACCAAGCAGCUCAAGGUAGAAGAACAGAAGGAAGAACAGAAGGAAUUGGAAAAAUCUGAAAAGGAAGAGGAAGAAGAAGAUGAUAGGAAAUCUGAAGAUGAUAAAGAGGAAGAAGAAAGAAAGCGUCAAGAGGAAAUGGAACGCCAGCGUCGGGAAAGAAGAUAUAUUCUGCCAGAUGAACCAGCCAUAAUUGUACAUCCAAAUUGGGCUGCGAAAAGUGGGAAGUUUGAUUGUAGCAUCAUGUCUUUGAGCGUACUUUUGGAUUACAGAUUAGAGGAUAAUAAAGAACAUUCAUUUGAGGUUUCAUUGUUUGCAGAACUUUUCAAUGAGAUGCUUCAAAGAGAUUUUGGUGUUAGAAUAUAUAAAUCAUUACUGUCUCUUCCUGAGAAAGAAGACAAAAAAGACAAGGAUAAGAAAAGCAAAAAAGAGGAUCGAAAAGAAAAAAGAGAAGAAAGAGAUGAUGAGACUGAUGAGCCAAAAGCAAAGCAGAGGAAAUUGGACGAUAAAGAGAAAAAGGAAGAGAGAGAUGAAAGGAAGAAGGAAGAUAAAAGGAAAGAUGAUUCCAAGGAUGACGAUGAAACUGAAGAGGACAAUAAUCAGGAUGAAUAUGACCCGAUGGAAGCAGAGGAUGCUGAAGAUGAGGAGGAUGAUCGGGAUGAGGAAGAGUUGAACAAACGAGAUGACAAAAGAGACAUCAACAGAUACUGCAAAGAGAAGCCCUCUAAAGACAAGGAAAAAGAAAAGACUCAGAUGGUUACAGUUAACAGGGAUCUGUUGAUGGCUUUUGUCUAUUUUGAUCAAAGCCACUGUGGUUACCUUCUGGAAAAGGAUUUGGAAGAAAUACUUUAUACUCUUGGACUGCAUCUUUCUCGGGCUCAGGUCAAGAAGCUUCUGAAUAAAGUAGUGCUCCGUGAGUCCUGCUUUUACCGCAAGUUAACAGAUACCUCAAAAGAUGAAGAGAACCACGAGGAGUCGGUGUCCCUGCAGGAAGACAUGCUAGGAAACAGGUUGUUACUUCCAACACCAACAGUAAAACAAGAAUCAAAGGAUUCAGAAGAAAAUGUUGGCCUCAUUGUGUAUAAUGGUGCAAUGGUAGAUGUGGGAAGCCUUUUGCAGAAGUUGGAAAAGAGUGAAAAAGUCAGAGCUGAAGUAGAACAGAAGCUACAGUUACUAGAAGAAAAAACAGAUGAAGAUGAAAAAAACAUACUCAAUUUGGAGAAUUCCAACAAAAGCCUCUCAGGUGAACUCAGAGAAGUUAAAAAGGACCUUAGUCAGUUACAGGAAAACUUAAAGAUUUCAGAAAACAUGAAUUUGCAAUUCGAAAAUCAGCUGAAUAAGACAAUCAGAAAUUUAUCAACAGUAAUGGAUGAAAUUCACACUGUCCUGAAAAAGGACAAUGUAAAGAAUGAAGAUAAAGAUCAGAAAUCCAAGGAAAAUGGUGCAAAUGUAUGAUAAAAUUUGUGUAGUGAUGAGGAAUGGUGUUAAAUAAUGUAAUAUAUAAAAAUCAUGAUACAAGAAUGUUUGAAGGUGAUGCAUGUUUGAUUUUAGUAGUAUAAAUAUCUGUUAGCUGAAAUGUAUAAAGUUUAUCAGUUUAAGUCCCUGCUUUUGAAAAUUGCUUGUAAUUCCUAGCAUUCAAAUUAUUAAACACUCCUUGAGUGAAAUAAUUUUGCAUUGCAAAAUGGUUUAGGAUGAACUUUGUUAUAGUUUUACCCUCAAUAAAGUUCAUCAAUAUAACUGACAGUAUUUACUUAGCAAAUGUUGUUUAUCAAAAUGCCUAGAAAAAUUUAUAGUAUUAUUGGGCUUUUAAUUUUUAGUCUAUCUUUUAAAAUUUCAGUAUAAACCUAAAAUAGCAUGCUAGUUAAGUUUUGCAAGAAUUUUGAACCAGUAGUAUUUUAUUUUUCACUGAAAGAUGUCUUUAGUUAAUAAAAAUUCAGUAAAAAUUCA